CAACAUGGUUGGGCCUGGGGGAUCCCGGAGGGGUGCUCUGUGGGGUCUGGUCUCCCUAGCAACGGCCGCAGUGCCGCACUUCUUCCGCUCGUCCGCAGCACUUCCGCUCGGCAGCCGGAAGUUCCGCUCGAUACACGGAGCUUCCGGUCAUCAGCCGGAACUUCCGCUCUGCGCUGCGGACAGGGGGAACGCUUCCGGGUCAGGGCCCGGCGGAGCUGCGGGGAUGGAGCUGGAGCGGAUCGGCGCUGGACGCGGGUGCCCACCCCCCGGGCGCUGUUUGUGUUGGAGCCGACCCCGGUGCACAGCAGCGUGCGGGCGCUGCGGGAUCCCGGCACGGGGGCACUGCAGGGCUUCAUCGAGGAGCUGCAUGAGGACUCAGGGCUCGCGUCUUCACAGAACACCGGCAAUGUCCCGCACUGGGAAGGUGGUUUGGAGGAACCCCCCCUGGAGCUGCUCCACUCCUGGGGCCCAAAUGAAGAGGAUUUGGACCUAGAAAAUGAUUUACUGACCACCCCCCCCGGGCUGAAACGGGGUGUUGAGUUCCAGCCCCGAGCCCCAGGAGCCCGGGGGGGGGCACCAUCGCUCUCUAGUGUUUUGGGGGCAUUGGAUUCCUUGGAGUUGGGGGGGGCAGAAGAAGAGGAGAAAAAAGAGGGGGAGGGUCCUGAAGGGGCUGCGCCAUCUCAGCCCUCCCCUGACAAAGGAGGGGUUCCCCCCCCCAUGCCCCCCCCGCGCCGUGCAGACAGCCUGGAGGAGCUGGUGAUGGGGGAGGUGCUGGUGCCCCCCCCUGCAGCCGCCCCCCCCGUACCCACCCUAAGCGAGGAGGAGGAGUGGGCGGUGGAGGAGGACUGCAGCGUCCCCGUGGAGGACUUCGAGGAGAAGAUCCCGGAUCCGGCCUUCAAGUGGCCGUUCCGCCCCGACGCGUUCCAGCAGCGCGCGGCGCUGUGCCUGGAGCGGGGGCAGUCGCUGCUGGUGGCCGCGCACACCUCCGCCGGCAAAACCGCCGUGGCCGAGUACGCCAUCGCGCUGGCACGGCGGCACAUGACGCGGGCCAUCUACACGUCGCCCAUCAAGGCGCUCUCCAACCAGAAGUUCCGUGACUUCAGGGCGACCUUUGGAGACGUGGGGCUGCUGACGGGGGACGUGCAGCUGCGCCCCGAUGCCUCCUGCCUCAUCAUGACCACUGAGAUCCUGCGCUCGAUGCUGUACAAUGGCUCUGAGGUGCUCCGUGAGCUGGAGUGGGUCAUCUUUGACGAGGUGCACUACAUCAACGAUGCCGAGCGCGGCGUGGUGUGGGAGGAGGCGCUGAUCCUGCUGCCCGAGCACGUGGGGCUGGUGCUGCUCAGUGCCACCAUCCCCAACGCCCUCGAGUUCGCCCAGUGGAUUGGCCGCACGAAGCGGCGCCGCCUCAGGGUGCUGAGCACGCGGCAGCGCCCGGUGCCCCUCGAGCACUUCCUCUACACCGGGGGCGGCGGCCCCCCCUCACCCCGCGACCUCUUCCUGCUGCUGGACGCACGGGGCAGCUUCAGCACCCAGGGGUACUAUGCAGCAGUGGAGGCGCAGAAGCAGCGGGCGAGCAAACACGCGCAGAGCUUUGGAGCCAAACAGCCCCACGGGGGGGGCAGCGGCCCCGGGCAGGACCGUGCCAUGUGGCACUCGCUGGUGGCGCUGCUGCAGGCGCAGGGGCAGCUCCCGGCCGUGGCCUUCACCUUCUCCCGCGGGCGCUGCGAUGCCCACGCGGCCGCCCUGGGCCGCACCGACCUCUGCUCAGCCGCCGAGAAGGGACGCGUGCGGGGCUUCGUGCGGCGCUGCCUGGCCCGGCUCCGGGGGGGGGACCGCCGCCUGCCCCAGGUGCUGCAGAUGUCGGAGCUGCUGGAGCGCGGCAUCGGGGUGCACCACGGCGGGGUGCUGCCGCUGCUCAAGGAGGUGGUGGAGAUGCUCUUCAGCCAGGGGCUGGUCAAGCUGCUCUUUGCCACCGAGACCUUUGCCAUGGGGGUUAACAUGCCGGCGCGCACCGUCAUCUUCGACUCCAUCCGCAAACACGACGGCAACAACUUCCGCGACCUGCUGCCAGGUGAGUACGUGCAGAUGUCGGGGCGCGCCGGGCGCCGAGGGCUGGACCGCACCGGGACCGUCAUCAUCCUGUGCCGGGGGCCGGUGCCCGACAUGGCCGACCUGCACCGCGUCAUGCUGGGCCGCCCGUCGGGGCUGCAGUCGCAGUUCCGCCUGACGUACAGCACCAUCCUCAGCCUGCAGCGCGCGGCCGCGCUCAGCGUGGAGGGGCUGAUGCGCAGCAGCUUCGGAGAGUUCCCCCUGCGGCGCCGCGCUGCGGCCCAGCAGCGCCGCGUGGCCGAGCUGCAGCAGGAGCUGGCGGCGCUGGGGGAGCCCCCGCAGGAGGGGGCCCUGGACGACCUCCCCCAGUACCACGAGGCCGUGCAGGGGCUGCUGGAGGCACGGGCGGAGCUGCAGUGUGGCAAUUGGGGUUACUGGGGGGGAGGGGAUCCUUACAGCCAUGGGGGUCCCUGGCUGGGCCCAUUAGGGUCCUGGGUUUGUGGGUGGGGGUGUUUCCCCUGCUUGGGGCUUUUUAUAGGGGGUGUCCCUGGGGGUUCUGUGUUGCUGUGGCACCUUGUUCCCCUUUCAUCUUCUUCCCUCUUCCCCUGCCCCAGGAAGGACCCCCCCAGCCCCGAGCUGCUCUCGGCCCUGCAGGAGCUGCUGCGCAUGGCGGGGGGGGCUCCGGGGAGCCUGCCCCUGCUGGACCCGGUGGGAGCCCUGCAGCUGCGGGACCCCCCCGCCGUGGAGGCGGCCACCCGCGCCCGGAGCCUGGGAGCAGCCCUGGGGGGGUUUCGCUGCGUGCACGGCCCCCGCUUUCCCCAGCUGUACUCGCAGUUUGCUGCCCGGCGCCGGCUGCAGGCGCAGGUGGAGCAGCUCCAGUACCAGCUGUCGGACCGCUCCCUGCUGCUGCUGCCCGAGUACCGCCAGCGCCUCGGGGUGCUGCAGGCGCUGGGCUACGUGGCCGAGGGGGGAGCGGUGCAGCUCCCCGGGCGGGUGGCGGCACUGCUGAGCUGCCACGAGCUGCUGCUGACCGAGCUGCUGCUGGGCAACGUGCUGAGCCCCCUGCGCCCCGAGGAGGUGGCCGCGCUGCUGUCCUGCACCGUGCACCCGGGCCGGGGCGAGCCGCCCCCCAAACUGCCUCCCAACCUGCAGCGGGGCAUGGAGCAGAUCCGCGCCGUGGCCGAGCGCGUGGGGCGGCUGCAGGAGGAGUGGGGGCUGCCCCAGAGCGCCGAGGACUACGUGGGGCAGUUCGGCUUCGGGCUGGCCGAGGUCGUGUACGAGUGGGCACGCGGCAUGCCCUUCGCCGCGCUGGCGGCCCUGGCCCCGCUGCAGGAGGGCACGGUGGUGCGCUGCAUCCAGCGCCUGGAGGAGCUGUGCCGGGAGCUGCGCCGCGCCGCGCGCAUUCUGGGCGACCCGGGGCUGGCGGCCACCAUGGAGGCGGCCAGCGCCUGCAUCAAGCGCGACAUCGUGUUCGCCGCGAGUCUCUACAUCCAAUAAAGGCCGCGGGAUCCGC